CAGUUUCCAUUUCCAUCAGAUAAAGAGGGACAAGGAGAGGAAAGGGGAGGGGAGAGUGGGGUGUGGUAAUCAAUGUUUAAAACCAACAGCCCAUCCCUCUCUUCCUCAUUCCCUCUCUCUCUCUUUCUCUGACUGUCCAACUCCUCGCACAACUUCGUCAGUCACCAUGUCACAGGUCCAGCAGGCUAUGGCAUUGCUCAUCUCAGCCUUCCACAAGUACUCUGGCAAGGAGGGCGACAAGACGACCCUGAGCAAGGGAGAACUCAAAGAUCUGCUCAACGCUGAGCUUGGAGAGAUCAUGGGGAAAAACACUGACCAGGCAAAGGUUGACAAGAUCUUCAAAGAUCUGGACGCUAACUCAGAUGGCAGUGUGGACUUCCAGGAGUAUGUCACACUGGUGGCCUGCCUGACCAUGAUGUCCAAUGAGUUCUUCACCAAGAAGUGAAACGGCUCCCCCUGCCCACUCUCCACAGAACAGCAGCUCUUGCUCCAUGAGUGAAUUAAUGAUAAGAUUAGCAAGAUCGUCAAUGCAGGUUCAGAGGGACAGAGAUGCAGGUUUACACACAUACACAGAAAAAGGGUUGGGUUGAUUAUACACACCACACAUAGACAGACAGGUGAAGGACACAGACACUGACCUGUACACAUACAGACAUAUAGGCUACUCAUGAGAUGGAGAGGAAGAUAUUUGGUUUGUUUAAAGUGAAAAAUGAAAUAAACUAUUUUAAUAUG